UUUUAUUGGAAAGGAGACAGGAAAGGUGUUGUCCUUUGAAUUAAGAAGUAAGACUUGUAAGAUUUGUGAAUUCCAUCUUAAUAGAAAAGAGACUGUUCCGGAGCAUGAGUGUCAGUUGAAUUGGCAUGGCUCUAGUAAAUCCAUGGAGGCAGAUAUGGCGGUGUCUAUGGCCCACAGAUUAAAAGAUGAUGAAUGUGAAAUUAAUGUCAUACAUGCUGAUAAUGAUGCAGCAACAUCAGCCAGACUUGAAGUUGAGUUUGAAAAUAUAAAGAAAAAAGAUGACCAGAACCAUGUAAAGAAGGGUAUAUCAACAAGCUUAUAUAAUAUUUCAAAGAGUUACAAAGAAUUGCAAAAGGAUGAAACAAAACAAUAUAUUUUGAGGUGCUUUAUGUAUUCCAUUAAGGGAGGUGACAAUGAAGAUGACAUUAAGAUUGGGCUGCAAAGAAUUGUACCACAUAUUUUUGGAUCACAUGAAAAUUGUAAAGAUGCUGACUGGUGUAGCUAUCAUCAAGAUCCAGAAAAAUUUACGUAUAAAAGUUUACCGAAUGGGAAACCGCUCAAGUCUGAAGGAUUAAAGGUUGAAUUGAAUAAUUUAGUGCAAAAAAUGAUUGGUAGGAGUAAUUCUUUAAAUGAUCUUGGAUCUACACAGUCAAAUGAAAGCUUUAACCAGCUUGUAUCUGUAAAGGCACCUAAAUCAAGACAUUAUGGUGGAUCAUGCUCACUUCAGAAUAGGCUAUCUGCAGCUGUGCUUCAGAAAAAUGAAGGAUAUGGCUACUUAUCCAAGAUCAAUGAAGCAGCAAACCUCUCUCCAGGAGAAUUUACAAUGGCAAUUUCCUCUGUAAGAGAUAAAAAAUGGAAAAAAGAAAAGAAAAAAAGAAUUCAAAGGAAUAUAAAGUUGGCCGUAUACAAAAGAAAAGAAACCGCAAUAAGAACGAGCGUAAACAUCUGGUAAGAGAAGGAAAAACCUAUGGAUCUCAAAUGGAAUUUGAUCUUCAACAGGACCCUGAGCAAACCACAGAAAUUCCACUUCCUUUUAAUCUAGAUGGCACUGAAUGCAAAGUGUUUUUUGAUUUAGAAACAACAGGCUUGGGUAGGAAUAGCGACAUCAUUCAGAUAGCAGCUAAGUCAAAUUCAAAUAGUUUUAACAGAUAUGUCAUCCCAAGAGUGGACAUUCAGAUCGAGGCCAGUAAGAUCACUGGUAUAACAUACAGCCAUGGAACAAAUAAAAUGUAUGUUCGAGGAGAUAUAGUUGAACCUGUGACACUACAUAAAGCCCUACUUGAUUUUAUACAUUUUUUAAAGGAACAGAACCAGCCAAUUAUACUAGGUCAUAACAUUUGUAACUUUGACAUUCCUGUAAUUGUUAACAAAUUGAAAGAAUGUAAUUUGUUUUCGACAUUUUGUGAAACCGUGAAAGGUUGUAUUGACACAAUGAAAGUGGCUAGAAAAUAUAUUCCAAAAAAUGAUGUAGAAAAUUUUAAGCAGCAGACUCUUGUCAAACAGUUUGUAGGAGAAAAUUACUCUGCCCACAAUGCAAUAGAGGAUGUGGAUUCAUUAAAAACAUUAUACGACAGUAAAUUUACCUCACUAGUGAAAUCUGAUGAUGUAUUUUCCAUUUUAUACCACAAUUGCAUGGACUCCUACUCUGACGUACUAAGUAAUAAAAUUGUUUCAAGGCCAGUUUGCAUGCAACUAGCAAAAGAUGGUAUAUCGUUGAAACACCUCAAACUGGCAUCUGUACGAGAUGUAAAUGGACUGACAUUUGUCUUACAGGACCAUAAGAUACCACCAAAGAUUGUGAAAUGCAUUUAGGACUACUUUCAGACUGAGGAAUGAAUUUUGUAUGGCCAAAAAAUAAAUAUAUGUCUGUGUUUUCCUAUAACCUGACUGUGUCUACCCU